UUCUCUCCCAUCCCAAGUUUUGCGGAUCCCUCGGAACUAGCCCUCGCUCAUUGAUUUCUCGACUUAGUCCACAUAGGCCCUUCACAAUCGGAAUAUUCGGAAGACAUAUUGCCUCCAUUUCACGUCAUACCAUCCCAGAAGUUCUGACCGUGCUCGCUUGAUCGCAACUGCGCGCAGUCACUGCUACUACUAGCCUGCAUUCACCUCCCAAAGGCGCCCCAUCCGUUCCAAUCCGCACUAUGGCGGCCGUUUCGGCUGCAGUUCACAGGCUUCCUCAAAGAUCAAGACCGCUCAUCAGGAUCACAGGCUGCGUACUCGCUCUCCUCCUCUUCUCUUCGCUCCCAGCUCAUGCCGCUGACAUGAAACCGCGUUUCGGCACGAACCCAACGCCUGGAAACACAAAUCCGCCCAGCCUGCCGCCAUCCACUCCGACCAAUGGCGGUGCCUCGAGCAGCGGCUCGGGCAGCGGCUCCAGCGCGUUCACCCCCGACCCUUUUGUCGGCGAGACGCCUCCGGCGACUCCCAUUAACUCGGACGACCCGCUAAGCGGCGAGAGCGAUCCGGUUACCGAACCUCCGCCCACACCCUCCGCCACUCCUGCGCCAAGCCCGCCGAAAAAAUCCCCCCCGCCCAGCAAUCCAGCGCCCAGUCCGCCCAAGCCUUCCCCGGUUCCUGCGGCCCCGGUCAACAAGCCCACGUCAGCGCCGUCGUCGGUCAUCUCGCAAAACGCGGGGACUGCGGGGAAGGCGACUUUUGGCGGGUCGGCGGGGAAAAGCCCUGUGAACCAAGUGGGGAAGACUCAAACGGGGACGACUGGGAAGGUCAAAGCGAGGCAGUCUGACGGUAAUGACGUGGUAACCGGCCCGGCGCCGUGUCUCCAAUCCACGCUUUCGGGCUUCACGAAUUCCGUCAAUCUGACGCGGCUCGGCGGCGUGAGCCUGCACUGGAAGAUCACGAGCCAAUCGUCGAUCAAUUUUGCCCUGGAGGCGAAACCGACGAGCAAGGCGAAGCGCGGAUGGAUCGCUGUGGGGUGGUCUUCGCGAAAGAGAAAAUUCCCGUCGGAUUUGAUCGUUGGUAACCUGCCGGGUUCUACGGUUGGUGCUUAUGACAUUUACGGCUACGGCGCGGGGUCGACUCUCAAGUCGACCACGGUUCAUCUCAGCGACACGAGCGUCGAGAAGCCCGCUGCUGGCGGCUUUAUCGCAAGAUUCACCCGGUCCACGGACGACGGAACAGUGCGGGUGGUCGUGGGCCCGAACCGCCUCAUCUGGGCGUGGUCGAUCGAAAACACUGAGGCCGUCGCGCUCCGAAAGAGCCGCCGCGGGGAGCUCGUUGUUGAUUUCACCUGCGCCGCGGGAGCCCAGCCCGUGACGACCCAGAGCAAGCCCAAGAGCCCCCUCACGCCUUCCGCCAAGAAGUCCCCCCCCGCGCCCUCGAAAACCAGCCCCCCGAAAUCUCCGACCAGCCCCUCGAAAUUUCCGACCAUCCCCGCAAAAUCUCCCGCCAGCCCCGCGAAAUCUCCGACCAGCCCCGCGAAAUCGCCGGCCAAGUCUCCGGCCAAGUCUCCGCCGAAGCCUGCGCCGACGACGCCGCCCGCGAAGACCAACUCGAGCAGCAGCGGCGGAAGCGGCGGAAGCGGGGGAUUCAAAACGGGGAGCUCGUGCGCCGCGUCGAAUCUGUUGGGAUUCUCCUUCUCCGCACCGCUGCUGGUGGACAAGCUCACCCUCCACUGGAAGGUCAUCGGAUCCGACACUCUCAAGGUGGCCGUGGAAGCCAAGUCGGGCACCAACAUCGACAACGGGUGGUUCGGCGUUGGCUGGUCGAGGAACGGCGCCAUGUCGCCCGCCGAUGCUGUGCUGGGCAACCUCGCAGGGGGGGCUGUGAAGGCGUACAUGCUGGGCGGAUACACUAAAACGGGCGUGCAGCUAUCGAAUCGGCUCACGCUGAGCAACGACCGAGGGACAUCAACGACAGGGACUGGGAAUACCAUGUUCUGGUUCACCCGCAAGGUGGCAGACGGGGGUCUAGCGCCAAUUAUGGACCUCAAGGCACCAGCCUAUAUCAUCUGGGCAUACGCUCAAGACAUGUUCCAGACAGUGGGGUACCACGGGAUCAACCGUGGGCUUAACCAGAUCGACUUCUCGUGCAACCAAAAGCCCAAGUCCAUCAUGUCACCCGGAAGUAACAAGAUCAACGACAGCAUUGACGACGACCAUAAUUGAAGCAAUAGUAAACCUGCUAAUUCUUUUGGUGGGGCAGGGUGGAGGGUUGGAGUGGUAGCCCCUCCACUCCCCUUCCCUCGUGGUGGUAGCUCAAGUACUUGCCAAGUUACACAUCUUUCUUGAGGCAGUUCUCUGCCUACGCAGGAGGGCCUCAAAAGCUCGUAGUCUAACCAAGAAUGUAGCACCAUGGGUGGAAUAACUUGGAUGGCAGUGGUAGGGAGGAGGGGGAAAUAAGUUAGGCUAUGGAUGAGGAGGUCAACAGCCUCUAGCUAGAUUAUAUACAUUUGAUGGUAGGGUUUUGGGGUUUAGGAAAGCAAAAUCCUUUGUACCUAAAUUUGUGGCAACCUUCCACGGGAAAGCAAAAGGUUGC